AUGUUCACCUCCUCAUUGGGUGGGGCGCGAACGCGUCUACUAAAAGUAGUAGUACGACGCGUGCCCACAACAUCAUCACCUAUCCGUCACCACCAACACUCCUACUUAUUAGUCCCACGGAACUGGACCCAUUCCUACUACUCGACUAAAGGCGCAUCCACAUCUACAUCCACACCAUCAUCUAAUACGAUAAGAACCAUCGCGCUAGUUAGUGCGAUUAGUGCGCCUGCAUUAUGGUGGCUCAGCACCAACAUCAACACCAACACUAGUAGUGAUAGGAGUACUGCUACUACUAGCCACAACAAUGACAAUGCAGAUACAGCUAAUGAUGCACCGUAUCUUCCCCACCCACCACCUACACAAGAAGCGGUGGUCGAGACAGGUCUCUCGGUGGAAGAAGUCACGCGGCUGAUAUCGCGCGAUGCGUACUCCUUUCCCGUGAGGAAUGUCCCCGGCGUGAGCAGAUAUGAUGGUGUGCAGGUGGGAUCUAAUGACCCCUGCGAGGACCGGUUUGUGCAUGGGAGGUUUGAGGCGCCGUGGGGUGGUAAGGGUGAUAGUAAUGGGCAGGGGCAGGGGCAGUGGAUCGCGUGGGGAGUGUUUGAUGGGCAUUUGGGCGGGCAGAUGGCUGAGGUGUUAAGGGAGAGAUUGGUGGGGGUUGUGCGGGACCGAUUGGGGUUGUUGGGUUCCGCUGGAGGUGAUGUGGGUGAAGAGGCGGUCCAUCGGGCGAUCAUGGAUGGGUUUGUGAGUCUUGAUGAUUCGAUUGUUAAGGGGGCGAUGGAGUUGUCGGAGAGUGAGAUGCCGUUGGCGGAGAAGGUCAAGAGACUUGCCCCUGCGUAUGCGGGAUCGUGUGCUUUGCUGUCGUUGUAUGAUCCUGCAUCGCGCAUGCUGCAUGUUGCAUGUACUGGUGAUUCACGCGCGGUGUUGGCGAGGAAACGGGCAGAUGGGGGGUGGGAGGCUGUCCCUUUGUCUGUGGAUCAGACUGGUAAGAAUGAAGAUGAGAUUGCCAGGCUUCAUGCGGAACAUCCUGGUGAAGAUGAGGUGGUCAAGGGUGGCCGGGUAUUGGGUCUGGCUGUCUCGCGUGCGUUUGGCGAUUGUCAGUGGAAAUGGCCGUUGGAGUUCCAGAAUGAUGUGCAGAAGAGGUUCUAUGGUCCGGCGCCGUUGACACCCAGGUAUCCGGUUCGCACGCCGCCGUAUUUGACGGCUGAGCCGGUGGUUACUAGUACUAGGAUUGGGGCUGAAGAGUCGGCGUUUCUGAUUAUGGCCACCGAUGGGCUGUGGGAUAUGAUGUCUAGCCAGCAGGCUGUUGAUUUGGUAGGGAGGUGGUUGGAGGGAGCAGCGGUAGGUGAGAAGAGCAGCAGGUUGGAGUCUCCUGAGCGGUUUGAUUUCAGCCAGUUUUGGGAUGAAGUGGAUUGGCAAUUUGUGGAGGAACGGACAGCAGUCCAGGAUGACAAUGCUGCUGUGCAUUUGGUGCGCAAUUCUCUUGGGGGCAAUCAUCAUGAGAUGAUAGCUGGUCGGCUUGCUUUUAGCUUUCCGGCUUCUCGGCGAGUGAGAGACGAUGUGACCGUGCAGGUGGUCUUCUUCAAUGAUGACCCACGUAAGUGA